AUGACCUACACGGCGGAACAGCUGGACGGCGUGCGGCGAAUAAAGCGGUGUCGGAACUACUAUGAGAUUCUGGGGGUAGAGAGGGACGCCAGCGAGGAGGAGCUGAAGAAAGCCUACCGCAAACUGGCCCUGAAAUUUCACCCUGACAAGAACCGCGCUCCCGGGGCCACCGAGGCGUUCAAAGCCAUAGGCAAUGCCUUUGCAGUUCUGAGCAGCCCAGAGAAGCGCCUGCGGUACGACAAGUUGGGCAGCGACCAGGAGCACCUCAGCCCCGGCCCGCCCAGGCACUAUGACUACUACACUGAGUUUGAAGCAGACAUUACACCAGAAGAAAUAUUCAAUGUCUUUUUUGGGGGGCACUUCCCUACAGGAAAUAUCCACAUGUUCUCAAAUGUAGCCAGAGACUCCCACUAUUACCCACGGAGGCACCGAAAUGAAAGAGCGUGGACACAGGAGCAAGAGGAGGAAGAAAACAGGCCACAGAACUCAUACUCUGCAUUUCUUCAGCUGAUGCCUGUUUUCAUCAUCAUCAUCGUGUCGGUUGUAACUCAGCUGAUGGCCACCAACCCACCCUACAGCCUGUUCUACAAAUCGUCCCUCGGCCACGUUAUCAGCAGAGAAACGGAGAACUUGCAGGUGCCUUACUACGUUGAUAAGAACUUUGAAAAGAACUAUCAAGGAGCAGAGCUUCAAGAGCUGGAAAAAACAGUUGAAAAAGAUUACAUAGACUAUAUUCAGACCAGCUGCUGGAAGGAGAAGCAGCAAAAGUCUGAUCUGUCCAACUUGGCCAAGCUGUACAGAGACGAGCGGCUAAAGCAGAAAGCAGAGUCCCUGAAACUUGAGCACUGUGAGAAGCUCUCCAGUCUGAUUGGAAUGCACAAAGGGGGCUGAGCCCGACAGACACCUUCUGUACUUUUUAUUUAUUUAUGGCUUAAUUUAAAUUUGUUUUCCUUUGUCUAAAAAAGGGAAGGAGUCUGUUGUAAAGAACCUGAAUAUUUGGUUCCUUCUGCGUGUGACGCAGAGCUGGGCCCAGCUGAGCUCUCGAGCUGGUGCCUGCUGUCACAUAGACACUGUACACACUAGAUUGGGUUCCAAGGACCAGUGGCACUUUGUAAAUGAAUCCCCUGGGAAACACCCUUAGUUUGGAAGCUGUCUUCAUCGCUGGUCUGUCUGCCUGCCACCCAGACUUCCCAGGAGAGCAGCCCAGCGCCUCCGCUUGCUGUGUUUGACAAGGACCUGCAGUUCACUCCAUCCCCCCAGCUCUCACUAACUGCAGCAGCCCUCUCCUGCUGACACCACCUGGACAUCCUGGCUUCUACAGGGGGUUGUCACCAGAGCUGUUUCCUCUGCCAGUGUCACAGCCAACCCUUAACUUGGAAGAGUCAAGUAACCUGCUGCAGGUGAGCACCCCAGCGGGCUCCCAGCUCCCCCUGCUGCCACGGAUGGAACCCUGUCCCUGUCUGAUGGAGAGCCUUGGGAUGUAACCACUGGAGGGCCAUGGAACACAAUCCCAUCCCUGUCUGACUGGAGGGCUAUGGGAUGCAGUCCUGUCCUUGUUUGAGCUAUGGGACCAAGUCUAUUCUUGUCUGACUGGAGGGCCAUGGGAUGGAGUCCUGCCCUUGUCUGACUUCGAGCUGUGGGACUAAGCCCAUCCUUGUCUGACUGGAGGGCCAUGGGAUGCAACCACUGGAGGGCUAUGGGAUGUAAUGGUGUCUGACUUUGAGCCCCAUCCCUGCCUGCCUGAGGGCCAUGCCUGUUCCCUUCCAUGGUGACACAACAGGCUGAGAUGCCACCAGCAAUGCACCAGACAAGAAGCUGAGAGCCUGUGAGUUGCACCAUUUCUUUCCAGUGUCUGCCAAACUGUAGAGAAAGGACAACUUGUCUUUAUUUUCUUUUCUCAUGGGCAUAUUUUUUAGCUGGCUGUUUCAUUCUGAUUUUUUUUUUUAUCUGCAAACUCUUCUGUUGCAGCUGUUACAGGGAUCCUGCUUUUUGUUGUUGUUUUCUGGUACAGUUUUGAUGUAGCACAUUUUUACUCUGCUGAGCAGUUCUGGAUGUUUUAAUGUUAGUGCUGCAAAGAAAAAGCUCUGUGUAGUAGUGUCCUGUUUUCUCUUGAUCCUCCUUUAAAAAGCCAGGCAGUUAGAGGCAGGCUGAGGAUGGCAGGGAACAGAGUGUUAUUCCAGUUGAGCACUGUCCCUGAGCCACUGUCUCUG